AGCACUUAUUCCACUGGUUUGCUGGCAUAUCCAAAACGGCAUUUUUGAAUGCGUCAACUGCUUCUUCUGCUGACUGGAACCUUUGACCACGCAGUCUGUUUUUAAUUUUCGGGAAAGUAAAGAAAUCGUUAGGACUUAGAUCGGGGCUAUGUGGAGGAUGGUCCAAUAAUUUCACGAUAUGGUCCAAUAAUUCCACGUUUUCUUCCGUUAAAUACUGCCUUGUUUUUUGGGCUGUGUGCGAGCUUGCAUUGCUUUGGUGGAGGAUGAUUCUUCUUUCGGGGUUGAUUUUUCGAAACUCGGUGAUGACUUUUGGCAAACAAAUGGUGGUAUACCAAUCCGCAGUAACAGUUCUUUGCUCAUUAAGAGGAAUUGUUACCACCUUUUUCGAAACACUUCGAGAACGGAUGACUUUUGUUGGCUUUUCUUCACCUUGGAACACCCAAACAGCCGACUGUCGUUUAUUUUCUGGUUCGUAACAGUAAAUCCACGAUUCAUCACCACUAACAAUGCUGUAUAGUUUAUCUGA